AUGAGUGAAAUGCGCUGCAAAGACAAGUAUUUCCGUGGAUCAAUUUAUAUGAUAUGCAUUGUAUUAUUAGUUUACACAUGUGGUCAUGGUACAAAUUUUCUGAUUCGAUUUGAAAAUGGCAAAAGCAUAGAAUCCGAUGUACUAUUGAUAUAUGUGUACGCUGAGAGUCACCCAUAUGCACUGGCUAAUCUAAAUUAUUUUAUAGAAACUGCAGUAAGAAAUACGGACCCCGUAGAUUACUAUUUUAUACUGCAGCAAACUAAUCAUAGAAACAUAAAUGAAAGCAAACUACCAAAAUUACCUAACAACGCUCGCUAUGUUCACCAUGAAAAUGAAUGUUACGAUUACGGCACUGUUGGAUGGUUUAUAUCCCAUUUCACCCACGGAAAUCCGAUGGAUAGUAAACCCUUGCCAAAAGAUACGAGAAAAAUCGAUUUAAGGAAAUAUAAGUAUUUUAUUUUUUUAAAUUCAUCAACACGAGGUCCUUUUUUCCCUCCAUAUUAUCUUAACCUGGUUUCUUUGUAUGAAUCAAGAUUGGGCAAAAAAUAUUUUUGGUAUUCAAUAUUUACGGAACGUAUUACUGAUACAGUUAAACUUGUAGGCCCUGUUAUAAGCUGUGAGGUCUCCACUCAUAUACAGAGUUAUUUCAUAACAACAGAUUCUAUCGGUUUAUCAAUUGGACUGAAAUCUCAAGGUAAACAUGGAGUAUUUGACUGUCACACAACCCUUGAAGAAACAAUAACUUAUGCUGAAAUUGGUUUCACAAAACGCAUACUUGCAGCGGGCUAUAUGAUUGAUUGUCUAAUGACGAAGUAUCAAAAUUUGAAUUUCAAUUCACAGAAAAAUCGUAACUGUAACUCUAAAACCAAUCCUCACUUGAACAAUGGUAUCGAUGGAAUCUCAUUGGAUCCAUAUGAGAUUGUAUUUAUCAAAUUUACAUACAAGCGAAAUGAUGGAAUCGCUGCUGAUAGGGCUCUCAUUUAUCAGAAAUGGGUUAGAGAGCUUCAAAAUAACACUGCGAAACAUUCGAAAAAAUAG